CCCGAGACGAAUCACCAUGGAGACCAGUAAAACCUGCGCUCAUCGCCGGUUCCCCUUUUCCCUUAGAAGAGAAGCUUUAAGAUGUGUGGAUUUCAAUUCCCAGAAUUCCCCCAACUAGCAUGUUAAAAUUCCUGAAGGGAAUGUUUUGGAGAAGAAGUUGGAGAUUCAGCUACCCAGGAUCUUGGAGGAACCAUUUUCUGGAUUUUCUAUAAUUGAGCAUCAUAUCUGGCCAUAGGAUUAAAAUGGCAUUGCUUGCUUUGAUGGAUGACUUUUGGUGGGACCUGGAAGGAGGGGAUGUGCUAGUCUUGGUCCUCUUAAAUCUUUCAGUAGUUGUACAGUACAAUACCCAUGACCAUUUUUUGGGACGGCCUGCAAAGAUUGGAGCUUCGAGGAAUGAUUCUGCUGUGUCCCUGCUCUUUCUUGAGCAUGUGGUUCCAGUCAUCAUGGGUGGGAGGAAAAAGUGAUCAUUCUUGUAGUUACUCCAGAGUAGGGUUCCUCAGGACUUAUUCCUCUCACCCAUGCUACCAUAUUAAUCACAUGGGUGAAAUGACGUCUAAGUGGAGAGUCCUGCACUAUAAUUUCAUGUAUUUCCCACUUCAAACUGGGAAUAAACUGCUGUCAAUUUUUAGAUUGUCCACCUAUGAUAUAGUGACCUAGUUCAUAUUGUAAAAAGCCAUAAUGGGUGUUGUUUGAAAUUCUAUAGAAUUUUUGUGGGAGUUCACUGUAUUGAUAGCAGUUGUAUUUUUAAAACAAGAUGGCCUAAACUGGGUUGGUUGGUUUGUGGUACUGUGCUAUUUUAAUCCAAAGAAUGCUGUUUAUUUAUAAAUUUUGUAAAACUCAGGCAGUUGGCAAAAUUCAGUAAACCAUGGUUCAGUUACUCUUGACUUAGCAUUUUUUUUAUUAAUCCAGCUAUUGGAAAAUCUUGAAGAGAUAUGCUCCUAAAUACAUCAACUAUUUGAGCAGGUUUUUUUUACAUUACCUUUAUAUUUAAAUAGGAUAUUUAUGUAAAAUGACUUUACAGCGUAACUAUUGCCCAUUUUUAUUUUUCUAUUUCAAAUUAAAGUUCAAGAUACAAGGUGCACUGCAAUUUCUCUAUCAUUUCAUCUGUAACAUUCCCCUCUUAAUAGUCUUAAUAUCAGCUGUGUUGGAAUGAUAGCAUAACUGCUUUGUGAUUCAAGUCAUGAUGUAGUAAAACAGGGUAGUUAUAUAAAGGUAUUUAGGGACACACAGCAAAAACUUAGGAAGUCAUCGCAUAGUGAGUUCAGCUGGAUUUUGAAUCAAAAAUGAACUAUCCCCUAGUUCCUUUAAUCAAUGAUCUAACAUUUCCUUUUCUCUUCUUCUGGUUUUGUUUGCCUUUGGGGAUACUAUUGAUCUUACUGAUUUUUUGGUUUCAACAUCUACUUGAUGAAGCUGAAGUUCCCAUUACUAAAGAAAUAAAAAUGUCACCCCGUGAUGAUCCUGAUGGGAAUAUUGACCUCAAAUCUGAACAUGAAUCCAGUGGGAAUAACAGCCAAAACAAGUACAGAAAAGCCUUAAAAUUUGAUAUGAAGAUGACUCCAGUUGUGGAAAAGCUGGGCUUCAGGUCUGCUCAUUCAGGUUCAAAAGAAACGGAGAAAAGUCUGUCUGCCUGUAUUUCACGCCAACUAGACCAAUAUGGCAGACAGUAUUGUUCUGAGAAGAAUUUCAUGCACAAUACCCCUGUGCCUUCUUCACCAAUUGUCUGAGAUUGCCAACAUUCUGUGGACGCAGCUGCUCCCUUCAUCUCCGGUUGCUCGUAUUUUCAGCUCCUUAUCUGAGGGAAAAGCCUGUUGAAAUCAUGGUUUCCUUGAAAAAAUAAAUUGGUAUCUGUCAUUUCUUGCGAGGAAGAGGGGCUAAUGCCAUCUAUGGGGAUAAUUAAAAUUCAGCUGUUCCACCAAAGAAAGAUGGAUGUGUAGUAAUUCUUUAGUUUAUAAGAAAAGUGUUGCUAAUUUCAGGUGUGCUAUUUUUUCAAAGCAUGCGAUGCUGCUUGCUUUAUCAUUCAGAUUUUGUUUUGUGUUUUUAAAAGGUAUUUGUGUUUUUAAAAGUAAUUACAGAUUACUUAUCAUACUUCUUAGACUAAAAACAGAUGAAGUGCUGAUCAUUACUAAACUAUAACUCCCAGCAUCAAAUGCCACUGGACAAAUUUACUGGGAGUUAUAAUGCAGCUCCUUUUGAAGAUAUUUCUUAAAUUAUAAAUGGUUAUGUUGAUUUUUUUCCUUUUGCUCUUUGUUAUAUCCAAGAAUAUUCAGUUGGUAUAAAGAAUCUCAUUUUAUCCAAAGGUCUUGAUAUCCCUGCUAGGAAUAUUUUAAAGCAACCGAGUAGUUCAAUAAACUCUAUUUAUUAACAGAGUUCAGGAACUAGGCUGUAUAUCAGAAUCUUAUGUCUAAUACUCAGAGCUGGUUAACCUUGGUUCUAUGCAUGAAAAUGGACCAUUGGACCUGUGUAUCUGUUCCAUCUACUCAUUGCUAUGAACUGAGUAGGGGUUUCCUUUCCCUUUGAAGGGAACUUUCAUAAAGUUGUCUCAUCUCUGGAGGAAUGUUUCUGUUAAAUAUUGGUGUAUAAUUGAAGUGUAAUGUGGCUCAGUUAACUGUACUUAAAAUUAUUUUCUCCUCUCUAACACUACCUAAUGCAGACCUAAUACAGUACUACAUUAUGACUAAGUAAGAGAAUAAAAGUGGAAAUUUGUGUGCAAGAGAAAA